UUUACUAUGCACUUCAUUUCCAUAUUGGAUCUUAAACCAUUCGCAUCAUAGCAAAAUGAAAGUAAUCGCUUUGUUGGUUGUAUUUAUCGUGGCAAUUUUCUCUGUGACAACUGCAGCAUCCUCGGUAUGUACACUAGCACACUCCCAAAUUGGUCAUUGUCGUGCUCGCGUCCCGGCCUGGUCUUUUGAUAAACGAACCAAAGCUUGUGUGCCCUUCACUUACGGUGGUUGUGGCGGCAACAAGAACCGUUUCAAUUCUCAGGCUGCCUGCGAACGACAAUGUAUGAAUGGACCCAAGGGACCGCAAUAAGACCGAAAAAUUGCCUUACAAUGGGCAAAGUCAAAAAUGAUGUAAAUGACACUAAUAAUUAUAUUAAAAUUUUUGAAUUUUAAUAAAAGUCGCGGUUAAUUUGCCUGGUAAAAUUU